GAUAUAUGUGUGUGCAUGUGAUUGUGAUCUGAUUCAUAAUUCAAUCGACAGUUCGACACCAUUUUUACUCUCAACAUGGCGGAACCUGUUCAGUUAAAAGUUGUUAAAGUCCCACAAGAUCACUAUUCCUUCACUAACUGUGCCGUUAUUUCCUCACAGAACCCAACACUAAAAUCUGCUAAGUAUAUCACAAUAAAUGGGAAGUUUCCUUUAAAAGUUAUACUUGAUGAGAACCGUGGGGUCGGUCUUAGUGAUAUUGCACUAAAUGGGAAGCAACGUGAUUGGAUUGACUGUAAUCUUGGAUCAUUUCUAUCAGUAAAACCAUGUGUUGUUGAUCAGUAUAUUGCCAGCAUGUCUGUUGAAUUGGACUUCUACAAUGGACGACAACCAAGGAAAGCUCCUCCUAAUAUUGAUACUGAGAGGCUCCUUGAGGCAUUUCAGGAUGAAUUUGCUCGUGGAGCAAGCACAAACUCAUUUGCAAACAACCAACUGUUAACGAUACAGUUCAAGCAGAUUGAGAAGUGUCCACUGAUGGAAGGAAAAGUCAUGAAUAUUGAAUUUAUUAAGAGUGAAGGCAGACCUCAACCAUCAUCAGGGAUUAACUAUGGUCGUCUUGCUGCAAAUUCUAUCAUAACUUUUGAGAAAAAAGAUGGAUCUACUUUGCAAUUGACAGGACGUAGGAAAGGAAAGUCAGCACAAGUUGCAAUCAUCAGUCCUGAUUUUGAUUUCAAAACGAUGGGAAUUGGAGGACUUGAUAAAGAAUUUUCUGACAUAUUCAGACGAGCUUUUGCGUCACGCGUGUUUCCAGCUGAACUGGUUGAGGCACUCGGAAUGAAGCACGUUCGUGGUAUAUUACUCUAUGGCCCACCUGGUACCGGUAAAACACUAAUGGCCCGUCAGAUCGGUAAAAUGUUACACGCAAGGGAACCGAAGAUAAUCCAUGGACCCGAAAUACUGGAUAAAUACGUUGGGCAGUCUGAGGCCAACAUUCGCCUACUGUUUGCUGAAGCUGAGGCAGAAGAGAAGAAGAGUGGCAUCAACAGUGCACUACACAUUAUUAUAUUUGAUGAGAUUGAUGCCAUCUGUAGACAGAGAGGAUCACUGAGUGGCAGCACUGGAGUCCAUGAUACUGUUGUGAAUCAGUUGCUGGCUAAGAUUGAUGGUGUAGAACAACUAAACAACAUUCUACUGAUUGGAAUGACCAACAGAAAGGACAUGAUCGAUGAAGCCUUGUUGCGACCUGGUCGCUUAGAAGUACAAAUGGAAAUCGGUUUACCUGAUGCUAAAGGAAGAUUUGAAAUAUUAAACAUUCACACUGCUAAGAUAAGAGAUAGUGAAAAACUUGGUAAGGACGUUGAUCUUGAAGAGCUAUCCGAAGUCACGCGUAAUUUUAGCGGAGCAGAAAUUGAGGGAUUGGUACGAAGUGCUAUUUCAACCGCCAUGAAUAGAAUGAUAUCUGCCAAAGACCGUGUUGAGGUGGAUCACAAUGAAGCUGAUAAUCUCAAAGUAACUCGUGCUGAUUUCCAAUUUGCUCUUGAGCACGACAUCAAGCCUGCCUUUGGAAUCAGUGAGAAAGAACUGGACUUCUAUGUUAGAAAUGGUAUUAUUCAUUGGUCUCCAAGGAUACAAGGGAUCCUCUCUCGUGGUAAACUAGCUGUACAACAGACACAGGAAUCAGCUCAUAACUACCUCAUCAGUUUAUUAAUAAAAGGUGCUCCUGGGUCUGGUAAAACUGCCCUUGCAGUACAAAUGGCUAAAGAUUCUGCAUUCCCGUUUGUGAAGGUCAUCUCCCCCGAGAACAUGAUUGGAUAUCAUGAAAGUGCAAAAUGUCAAAUGAUAAAGAAGGUUUUUGAAGAUGCCUACAAGUCACCAAUCAGUUGUAUCGUCAUUGAUGACAUUGAGAGUCUCUUGGAUUACGUGAGUAUUGGCCCAAGGUUUUCAAACCUUGUCUUGCAGGCUCUUUUGGUACUGCUGCGUAAACAGCCUCCAGCUCGUCAUAGAUUGCUAAUACUGGGUACCACUAGUUUAUCAAAUGAGACAUUAGCAUCAUUUGGUAUUGAGAAUGCAUUCAGUAGCUCAGUUACUGCUCAUUCUGUCACCGAAGGAUCCGAAGUUAUUGAAAUAAUUAAACAAAUCAACUUAUUUGAGAAAUCUGACUUGUCUUACUUAGAGAAAGAGCUCGAAGGGAAAAAGUUAAGGAUUGGGAUUAAGAAACUGAUAGCAUUAUCAGAUGCAGCUUGUCAAUCUAAGGAUGCUGUGGCUGAUUUUGUUUCUCUCCUUAAGUCAGAGGCUGAUCUCAAGUUAGAUCUAGAAAUUCAAGAUCACUACUAAUGAGCAUCUGCUAAACAUUUUAAUAAUAAUGCUAGUUUUUUUUUACUCAUGCAGUGUCUGUUGCUGUUAUCUUAAUUGUCAGCUGAGUGAUUUUCUACACUAAUAAAUUAAUGAAAAUAUUCUUCAUAAGGAUUAUUAUUAUUAUGCAUCAUUUCAAGCUAUUGAAUUAGGAUUGUUAAUAUUAUUAUUAUUUAAA